UCAGCAGUUGCGAUGUGAAGAUUGUUACAUUGUAAUUUCAUAAGGGCGGAGGAAAUGCCUUAAUUUCUCAUUUACGCUGAAGGGCAGCUGUUUUGCUAAGAGCCUGUUGAUUAUUCUGAUAUACAGGGAUGUCGAGGAGUCGGGGUUUUUGCACACUUGGUAACUCAACCAACCCAUGACUGGUGUAGCUGUUAUCAUGGCAACCAGUGCGGUCCCUAGCGACAACCUCCCAACGUAUAAAUUGGUGGUUGUGGGAGAUGGAGGCGUGGGAAAGAGUGCUCUUACCAUCCAGUUUUUCCAAAAGAUUUUUGUGCCAGAUUACGAUCCUACUAUAGAAGACUCCUACUUGAAACACACAGAGAUCGAUGGCCAGUGGGCUAUUUUGGAUGUUUUAGACACAGCAGGUCAAGAGGAAUUCAGUGCCAUGCGAGAGCAGUACAUGAGGACUGGAGAUGGUUUCCUCAUUGUGUUCUCUGUGACGGACAAGGCCAGUUUUGAACACAUCGACCGCUUUCACCAGCUCAUCCUACGAGUCAAAGACCGGGAAUCUUUCCCUAUGGUUUUGGUGGCUAACAAAGUGGACCUGGUGCAUCUGAGGAAAGUGACAAAUGAACAGGGCUGUGAGAUGGCAGCCAAACACAACAUUACUUACAUUGAAACAAGUGCCAAGGAUCCUCCAAUGAAUGUGGACAGAGCCUUUCAUGAAUUAGUCAGAGUUAUCAGACAGCAAGUUCCAGAGCGGAGUCUGAAAAAGAAGAAAAAGACAAAGUGGCGUGGAGACAGAGCCAUGAGUUCUCACAAGCUUCACUGUGUGAUAUUGUGACUACCUCUCCAGUCUAAAUCAUCAGCGUUUGGCAACAUAAACUGCCAGGGAGGACAGACUAGAGAUAUGCACUAAUCAGAGGACCACAGACUUUAUCAAAAGAACUGGCAUGAAGUCAGACUAUCUCUUCCUGUCUCAGGGAAGCAUAUUAGGUGAGUCAAGGGAUCACUGCUGCCAGACCAAGGAGGAGCAAUCAGUACAACACGUCUAAUUUGAAGCACUGGCUGAAACAACAAAAAUCACAGCCAAUCAGAAAAAUCUCUGUGGGAUAAAAUGUUAGACCAGUGAGACUGCACAGUUGGCAGAGCUAGAAAGAUCCAUCCAAACCUAAGCCAUGCACCACAGUCAUUCGCACACCUACAUCCAAAUUGUCUGCAGCUUCCAAACAUUCAUAUAAUUAUGUGGAUGAUUGUUUUGCAGAGCUGUCUGAACAUUGUUUUCAGUAGUUACAACAAUUAUGAAGGGAUAUUGUUCUUACAAAGGCAUAUUUAUUGACACGUUUGAAUGAAUAUGUAGCUAUAAUAGAACUUGUUUAAGAAAACGUAAGUGUCAUUGAGUGUUUGAUACGUCGUCAAUAUGGCCUUUAAAGUUAAGCACAAUAAGUACUGACACGAUUGAAGGGCUCAUUGCACUAGCAAGACUUUUUGCACUUUCAGUAUUUGCUCAUGGGCUUUUGCUGUUUAAAAUUGCCUUGUGAUGUUUUUGAUUUUGUUGCACAUUUACAGUACAGGUGCUCUAAGCCAUUAUUUUACAUUUUUAUAAUAGUCAAGACAGAGAGUGCCCUCACUAGCUGACAGAUAUCAAUAAAAUAGGUCCUGAGAAAUCACAUGUCCCGGUGACAGCUCUGUAAAGUAGAAACACUCCCAUAUAUAUAUAUUAUCAUUUGUUUAAUGAAAAAGUAGCAUGGUUUCAUCACAACUAUUAAGCAGUACAACCGUUAUUGAUAAUAAUAAAAAAUGUUUCUUGAGCACCAAAUCUGCAUAUAAGAAGGAUUUCUGAAAGAUGAUGUGACACUGAUA